AUGCCGCCGAAUGCAAAAAUUUUCUACGAUGAAACUGAUAAAUUGGAGUAUGAUGAUGCUCCUAUUGAACCAAGUGUUCUUAUUCCACCGGCUGUAUCAACAUUGAGUAUUAACCGUUCAGACAUUGAAAAUGGUUUAUUGAAAAAAUUCAGUUGGGCUACACGUUUUUCUGGUAUUAUGUAUGCAUUGGUAGCAUCAUUUGUCUUUACUUGUACAACAUUUAUCAUAAAACAAUUGGGUAUUGAUUUGCUUGACGCAUUCUUCAUACGUUUUAUUGUUCAAAUAACAUCCAACAUCCUCUAUGCACAUAAAAAAAAUUACCAAUUGCUUCCGGGCGCAGGUAUUCAAAUAUUUUCACAAUUUUUAUGUUGUGGAACAGGUGCCGGAAGUUUCUUCUUAUAUUUUUUUGCUAUACGUUAUAUCGAAUUGCCCGAUGUUACAACUUUAGCAUAUACAAGAGUCGUUUGGACAUCAGUUCUCAGUAUUAUUCUUUAUCGAGAACGACCAUCAAAAGUUUCCUUGAUAUCUAUACCUCUUACUCUUCUUGGUGUUAUUCUUGUUGCACAACCAAGUUUUAUAUUUUCAUCAAAAGUAUCUUCUGCUGUUCUUAUUAGCAGUAAACUUCGUGCACUCGGCUUGUCUCUAUCGAUUAGUAGCGCAAUAGCAUCAGCGGUAAAUGUUCUCGCAUUCAAACAACUUAUUUCAACAUCGAAAACGAUUAAACCAAGCGUAAUUACUCUUCAUUAUUGCUUGGCAGUAUUUAGUUUUCUUCUCGCGUAUCAACUACAUAAACAGUUUUUUCUUCAAACUAGAUUCACAUUUGAUUAUGUUGUAUCGUGGCGAUUUUUAUUAGCAUCGACGCUUGGUACUAUUGUCAUUAUUCCAAAUAUUUUAUCACAAAAAGCUAUUAAACGUGAACAUCCAGCUGUGUACACACUUCUCGGUUCAGCUGAUAUUAUUUUUGCAUUAAUUCUCCAGAAUAUUUUUACAACGAAAAGAUCAAAUUUAUUUGCACUCAUUGGCUCAGCGUUGGUUAUUGUUAGUGUAGUGAUUCUUGGAGUGUCGAAAAUUAUUGUUGAACGUCGUUUACAGAAGCAAGUGGAAUUAAAAGAUAUUCAAUGUAUGCUGCAUGAUACUGAAGAAAAACAAUGA